AUUUAAUUUUAUGGACUAAGAGAGUAUUUUUGAUCUAUCUUCAAUAUCGGAUUUUCGAUCAGAAAAAGGUCUACAAUAGUUCUUUAUUGUUAGAGGAAGAUCUGAAUAAUUAUAAGAAUAAAGUAAAUUGGUGAAAGAAUACUUGUAAAAUUUAACUACUAAAAAUAAUGGUGGUUUCUCUAAUCCCUUAAAAUCUUUGGUAAGCAAGUAAAAGAAUAGAUUCAAUAUGAAUGGGUUUGAUUUAGAUUUGACAUGUACAUUUUAAAAUUAAAUUUGAGACAUUACAGAAUAAGUUAUUGCUAUGGGUUUCCCAGCUAAUGAUUAUGAAGCUAUUUAUAGAAAUUCUAUGGAAGAUGUUUAAAGGUUUUUCAAUUAGAGACACAAAAACCAUUACAAGAUUAUUAAUUUAUGUUCUGAGAGAAAAUAUGAUCAUACUUAUUUUGAUGGUAAUGUUUCAGAAUACCCUUUUGAAGAUCAUCAAGCACCUUAAUUUAAUAUGAUUUAUAAAUUAUGUGCUGAUGUUCACAAUUAUGUAACCUAAGAUAAAUAAAAUGUUGUUGCCAUUCAUUGUAAAGCAGGAAAAGGUAGAACUGGAAUUAUGAUAUGUUGUUAUCUUCUAUUCUCAGAAUUGUUUAAAACCAGCUUUGAAGUCAUGAGAUACUAUGGAAUGAUGCGAACUAAAAAUCACAAAGGAGUUACUAUUCCUUCUCAAAUAAGAUAUAUUUUGUACUUUGAAAAGGCUCUCUAACUUGGCUAUACUGUAAAGGAUGUACCUUAACCAAAAAUUCAAAUAUUAUAAAUUCGCUUGAUUACAAUUCCUUCAAUGAAUUACUCGAAUUCAUGCAAUCCUUAUAUUAUUAUACAAAACUAUGAAAACUAAGCUACUUUCACUAAAUUUCGAAUAGUUGAUGAUAGUUUAAUUUUAUUUACUGUUGACAUAAUAGUUUAAAAAGAUACUCGUAUUAUUUUUUAUAAUAAAUCACUGAUUGGUAAAGAAACAAUGUUUUAAUUUUGGUUUCAUACUGGCUUUAUUGAAUCCAAUGGCUUAUUAGUAAUUGAUAAAUAUAUGCUUGACAGAGCAGUUAAGGAUAAAAAACACAAAAUUUUCUCACCCAACUUCAGAGUGGAAGUAUAAACUAUCACACUACCAAAUUGA